AUGGCGUGCUUGACUGUUGAGGGACACGAAGCGUUUGCGACGUUGGUUAUGCUCAUCUGCAUGGCUGUCUUUCCCAUGUUGCUUAACCUGCGCCCGUCCAUGUGCUUCACGAAACGCGUUGCCUACACUGGCUUCACCACCGAGCUACGAUCCCGCCCCCGCCAGCUUGAUACUACCGUCAACGCGCACCCACCAGCGGCGUUCAUACCAUCAUCAACACUGCGACAACCUCUGUCUGUACAUUAUCAACAUCAUACACGACUGCACGGUGUCUACGGCAAGUUCGUGGUGCAACUCCCUCCACGUCAGUUGAGGGUGGUGGCUACAUGUUCGGUAACGACAACCAAUACAUGUGUAGAUCACAAAGUUGUCAAAAAGGCCAGCAUACAUGCCGCGGAUAACAAGGCUCUGGAUGGACCAGCGGAAACACAGAUGAAGGCAUUGAUGUCUAAAAGAGUUGGUUAUGGGGGUUGGUGUAGCGAGGUUUUCACCGGACGUCUUGGUCAAGUACUACAUCACAGGUCGAUAGUCGAAAUUUAUCAGUAUGAAGUGUCGUUCGGCACUCCAGAAUUGCUUGCGCUUCUGUCAUCUCGUAUACUAUACGUUGGCCAAUACAGCGAUGUUCCACAAAGUCCGCUCGAUUGA